CCAGAUUGAAUGUAAAGAAAAUGGAACAUAACUGGCAGUGAAAUGGUAUGACAAGAGGGAUGUUCACCUUCUUAACACGGUCCAUCCAUCCACCAUGUCAGCCACCGGAAAAGUCGAUCAUAUCACCAGAGAAAGAAAGAUAAAGCCUAUCUGUGUGCUGGAAUAUAACAAAAAGAUGGGGGUAGUGGACAAGGCUGACAUGAUGAAAGGCUUUCUUGAUUGUACCAGAAAAAACACCAAAUGGUACAAGAAAGUCUUCUUUCACCUCCUUGACACUGCAGUACUGAACAGCCACAUUGUCCACCGCCAACUUACGGGAAAAGUCAUCACAUCCCUGCAAUUCAGGAUGAACCUGAUGAGAGGACUGCUAGAAGAGCACAGCACACCUCUGUGUCCAUCCAAAGCAGGCCGCCCUGCCUUGGACACUCCACUGCAUCUGACAGCUAGGCAUUUCCCCUCCGAAGUCCCUCAGACAGCUUCCCAGGGCAGCAGGACCAGGCGGCACUGCAAGGUCUGA